UUUUAUUAAUAAAAAAUUUAUCAAAUAGAAUUAUAAAAAUUAAUUUUUAAAAAAUAAAAAUAAAAAUGAGUUGACUCAACUCAAUCCAUGCGCUAACAAAGAGUGAGUUGGGUUAAAAUUUUGAUGACCCAUAUAAAAAAUAAACUGAUCCGAUCAAACUUAUAUUUUUUUAACUUACAAGAGCUAGGCCGGACUGGAUCGAGUCGGCUCAUGUUGACAGCUCUAACCAUGGCGUUGUUCGUAACUCGCUAUAAAAGAAAGCCUUACGGCUUACCUACUCAAUAAACUCAGGCCAGCCCAUCAAAUUCGUCUCCACUAUCGAGCCAUGCCCAACACCGGUACACAUAUCCUGCUCUACCCGUUUCCAACCUCGGGCCAUAUCAUCCUUCUUGACCUUACUGACCGGUUGCUAACCCGCGGUCUAACCAUCACCGUAUUGGUCACCCCAACAACUCCAUCCCUCAACCCACUCCUCUCCGGCCAUGUUUCAUCUUCUCUUCAACCGCUGGUUCUCCCCACCCCCGAGCCUUCAACGAAACCCGGCCUUCUCUCUAGAAUGCGCCGCUUGCGUGAGCUUCACUAUCCUCUGCUGCUCCAGUGGUUUCAGUACCAAGUCCCCCCUGUUGCUAUUUUCUCCGAUUUCUUCCUCGGCUGGACUCAGACUCUCGCUUCUGAGUUAGGCGUUCCACGUGUCGUCUUCUCACCCUCCAGUUCCUUUUGCUACUCCUUGAACAUCUUUAUGUGCCGCGAACCGCAAGGAGAUGAUCCGGAUGACGUUAAUCAGACGGUGUCGCUGCGCGGAAUCCCUAAUUCUCAAUACCCUUGUUAUCAAGUCUUCUAUGUUUACAGAUACGGCAAAGAUGGGGACCCAGACAAGGAAUUUUAUAGAGAAAACUGGCGUGCUAAUCUUGAGAGUUGGGGAGUGGUGUUCAACACGUUCGCUGACUUGGAGAGCAUAUACAUUGACCAUAUCAAGAAAGAGAUGGCCCAUGAUCGGGUUUGGGUGGUUGGGCCCGUAAUGAUGCCAGCCCAAGGUGAUGUUGAUGCCACGGACCCAACUAAUCGCGGUGGGUCUAGUUCGGUACCAUGUCAAGAGUUGCUGGCAUGGCUGGAUGUACACCAGGACCAUUCGGUGGUCUACGUGUGCUUUGGGAGCGUUCAUGUGGUUGACCACGAUAUGCAAAUGGAUGCAUUGGCGGCGGGGCUCGAGAAAAGCGGGGUCAACUUUGUUUGGUGCUUGAGGGAACCAAGUGACGGUCAGGUGUCAAGCGAUCGGGGCCUGAUUCCGGAGGGAUUUGAGGACAGAGUAGCGGGGAGGGGCUUUUUAAUUAAAGGCUGGGCUCCGCAAGUGGCGAUUCUCAGGCAUCAAGCCGUCGGCUCGUUUUUGACUCACUGUGGUUGGAAUUCCACGCUGGAAGGGAUCGCGGCGGGGGUGGUUAUGCUGACAUGGCCAAUGGGUGCCGACCAAUUUACCAAUGCUAAGUUGUUGGUUGAUCAAUUCGGGGUUGGGAUCCGAGUGGGUGAGUCGACUCAGAAUAUUCCCGAGUCGAGCAACUUGGCUCGAGUGUUGGUUGAGUCUCUGGAUGGGACCAACCAGAGGGUUCGAGCGAAGCGGCUGAGCGAAGCGGCCUUAGGUGCGGUUCAGGGAGGAAGCUCAGACAAAGAUUUGGAUGGGUUUGUUAAAGCGAUGAAUGAGCUGAAAACGAAGUAGGAAAUCGAUGUAGUAUAAUUAUAACGACAAAAGUAUAUGACUUAUUUAUGCAUGAAAUAUUAUUGCCGAAAGUCACCCUUUACUAGAAAAGAAGCGUAAUUACAA